AAACAUUAACAGAAUGUCAAACAGUAAUUGCAUCCAAGAGAUCGUACCCCGAAUCUUCCUUGGUACCUUUUCAGCAGGUCAAUCCCGCGCGGUUCUCAAUCAGCACAAGAUCACACACAUUGUGGCCUUGGGCGAUUUUACCCCACUUUACGAUGACAAGAUCUACUUGAAUGUGGAUAUUAUGGAUCUCCCUGGAGCAAAUAUAAUCCAGCACUUUGAUGAAACCUCUAACUUUAUUGAAGACGCUUACAAUAAAAAUGGCGUAAUAUUGGUUCAUUGCGAGGCAGGCGUAUCUCGCAGUCCUACUGUAUUAGCCGCCUAUUUUAUGCGAUCCAAAGGCAUCAAGCCAACUGAAGCACUCGAGAUGAUAAAAGCCAAGCGGCCUAUCAUCUCUCCUAAUAACGGCUUCCUGGCUCAGCUGGUGCUUUAUGAUCGCCUAAAAUAUGAUGUCGACACACGCCACACUGAUUACAGACGCUUCUUGGUAGCAGCUAUGGCAGAAGAACAAAAAGAGAAUGGAUAUAUCCAGCACUUUGCUCUUGCGCCUGAUCCAGAGUAUGUGUCCGGUUACGAUUCUUCUAGUACAAAUACUAAGCCUUACACAGCAUUGAGAUGCAGAAAGUGCAGACGUGUUCUUGCAGAGGCAGACAAUGUGAUUGAUCAUGAACGUGGACAAGGCCAGGGUGCGUUUGCUUAUUUGAAGCGGGAUUCGAGCAUCAAUGCAACCGAGAGUGCAAUUGUCGGUCUGAGCGAGGCUGGUCCUACACACGAUACUGUAAACAAGGCUAUCAACCCUCUACUUGCUUCUUUAGCAUCUUCAAAUUCUAGUUGUUCGUCUUACUUUGUUGAGCCAAUGGAAUGGAUUCACGGCCUUCAGAAUGGCGAAUUUAAUGGCCGUAUUGAGUGCCCUAAAUGCUGCUCCAAGUUAGGCUCCUACAACUGGUCUGGCGAACAAUGUUCGUGCGGUCAGUGGGUAACACCUGCGUUUAUGCUUCAUCGCAAACAGGUUGAUGAAAUCAAAAAUGUCAAGAGAAAAUAAAUUCUUGUGAAAGCUACACUCCUUUUCUCUGCGAGUGUUGUUCACUGUAUUCACUGUUC